GCAGAUUGUGGGAAGUCCUUCUGCUAUAAAUCAGCCCUGAUUAUCCAUCAAGUAUCUCACACAGGGAAGAAACCCUAUGAGUGUAAGGAAUGUGGGAAGACCUUCUGUGUGAAAUCAAACCUCACUAAACAUCAGAAAGUUCACACCAGUUUGAAACCUUAUGAAUAGUGUGGCAAAGCCUUCUCCAUGAAUUCCAUCCUAAUAGUACAUCAAAGAACCCACACGGGGGAGAAACCCUAUGGAUGCAAUGAAUGCGAGAAGUCCUUCUAUAAAAAAUCAGCCCUCACUAAACAUCAGAAAACGCACACAGGGGAGAAACCACAUGAGUGUGACAAAUGUGGGAAGGCCUUCCAUAUGAAGUCAACCCUCAUCAUACACCAGAGAACUCACACUGGAGAGAAGCCCUUUAAGUGUAAUGAAUGUGAGAAGUCAUUCUAUGUGAAGUCACUUCUUAAUAUUCAUCAGAGAAAUCACACGGGAAAGAAACCCCACGUAUGUAGUGAAUGUGGGAAAGCCUUCUCCAUGAAGUCCAAUCUCACCGAUCAUCAGAGGACACAUUCGGAAGAGAAACCUUAUGAAUGUAACGAAUGUCAGAAGACCUUUCGCCAUAAGUCAACUUUAACUGUACACCAGAGAACACACACUGGGGAGAAGCCCCACGAAUGUAACAAAUGUGGGAAAUCUUUCUGUUAUAAGUCAGCCUUAACCAUACAUCAGAGAACUCACACAGAAGAGAAACCUUAUAAAUGCAAUGAAUGUGAGAAAUCUUUCUGUAUGAAAUCACACCUCACUGUCCAUCAGAGAACUCACACAGGGAAGAACCCCUUUGAAUGUAAGGAAUGUGGGAAAACUUUUUAUGUGAAGUCAAACCUCGUUAAUCAUGAGAGAACUCACACAGGGGAGAAGCCCUAUGAGUGUAAGCGAUGUGGGAAGUCCUUCUGUAUGAAGUCGACGCUCACGGUUCACCAGCGCACACACACAGGGGAGAAGCCCUAUGAAUGUAGCAAAUGUGGGAAGUCCUUCUGCAAGAAAUCGACCCUCACAAAACAUCAGGUAAUUCACACAAGAGAGAUACCCUAAAGAUGCAGCAGAUAUGGAAAACCCUCUUGAGCGAAGUCAAAUUUUGUCACGCCAAGAGAACCCAGGAGAAACCUUAUGACUUUAAUAAUGUGGAGACCCUCUCCUGUGGAAAUUCAGUCUUUAAUUGGCAUCAGAAGACAAGGGGGCGGGGGUUUGUGGGCUCUCUCUGGAAUGAAUGUCGGGGGGGUAUCCAUGUCAUACAGUACUAAAUAUCAAAGAACUCACGUGGAGAGACAGCCCUAACAAUGUCCCGUAUAUUAGCGUCUACCUAUGAAUCUAACCUGUGUCUCAGAGAAAUCAGUCACAGGGCUAAAAUCACAGAAUGCAACAAAAGUAUAAAAGCAUUUACAGAGUCACAGCUUACUGAUCACCAGGUAAUUGAUGCUGGAGUGGAACUAUAUAAAUGUUUUACAUACACGAAAGCGUUCAAAGAAAAAAAUCAAACUCUGUAGAAGAAAGGAAUUAAUAUUGAGGGGAAUUCUAUCAAUUUGGAAUAUGUGGAUACAUUGUUUUUUCUAGAGAUAAUGUAGCACUAGAACUCAUAAUUCUGACGUGGUACCAGAUUUUGAAGAUGCUCAUUGUGGGAGUAUGAGGCCUUUGGAAAAGCACAUGGCAGCAGCUGACAGCAUGAGACACUUGAGGUGCCCAAGUAAGGACGGCUUUGUACACACAUGAUGUAUGUUUGGUUUAUGUAGCAGAUGUUGAAAUUGCUGUCAGUAGGAAGUAUCUCCCCAUGGUUUAGUAAUUAUCAGGACAGAUUUCUCACACUAAAUGCCCCCAGUGUGUUUUUGUAUUUUUAUAGUACAAUAUGCAUUAUAAGUGAUACGUUUGACAAAUUUGAAGUACUAUACCCCAACAGACUGUUAAGGAAAGGGAAGUACACAACACCAUAUAUCACACUACAUUCAGUGUAAGAGUCGGGAAGUAACUUGCACACACACACACACACACACACACACACACACACACACUUGCUUAUUUUUGCAAAGGGAAGUACUAGAAGGAUAAACCAUAAACUAAUGAAAUGAAUUGGAGGCAAGAGUGAACAUGCUAGAGUCAGGGAUGGAAGCAACAUUUCUUUCGUUACACCUUUUUAUGAAAUUUUGACUUUUGAAUAAAUGUAAAAUUAUUUACAUAUUCAAAAAUAGAAAAUAAAAGCAUUCUGAAAUUGAAAACAGAAAUCAUCUUUAUAUCAAAUUGGUAACCGCACAGAGAAAAUAAUUUUUACAAGAAACUUGUGAAUGCAGAAUUAUGACUGUAUGUUUUCAGUGGGAUAUGUUUAAGGACAAAGACCUGCAAAAACUUAUAAACAUGGCUCAUUAAUUUUAUUAGUAAUCCUGGUGUUAUUUUGGAUCCAGUUUUUGUAUAUUGUAAGAUAAGGCAAAAAGAAACCAUUGGAGAUACCAGAGCCCAAACCCCCAGUUUAAGAGAAGAGGUGACCAUAAAAACAAGAAUUUGUGUAAACCUUGCCAUAAUGAGAAAUAUGAAUUGAAAGUAUUGCUCAUUAUUUUUUAGAAGUUGUAUAUCUCUUAGCUGUGUCCACUGAGGGUCCAGAAGCCAUGGCACCCCCCCACAGAUGAGCAGAUAUGGUGCCAGCAUUUCCCACACAAGGAACCAGGACUCCCCGGAGAGACAGCUGGUUCUAGACCUGGGCCCUGAAGUGUCCAGGAUGAGGCUGGGACCUCUUGUGUCAGAAAACAAGGAAAUACUCAAAGAUUAAUGGGGAGAUGUCAGAGGUCCCAGAAGCUAGCCUGCAGGGUUUCUCCUUGGCCAAAUUUGAGGUAAUUUGAUGAUCAAACAGACCGACUAUGACUGAUGGCAACAUUCGAAUAAACAAAAAAAUCUGUCCACAGCAA